UUUGGCGCGAAAGCUUCCCGCCGACACCAUCCAUUCGGCCCUUAACCCUACAAGGGUUCAACUCCUUUUCCCACUUAGCCGACGUUACCAGCUGCAGGUAGGAGAAUUGAGCUAGAGAGAGGGGCGAGAGCUGAGGAAGAUCCAUUCAAGCUCUAUGGCGGAUCCAGAAAAUCCUGCUUCGAACACUGGAUCGUUUUCAUCGGCGGGUUUCAGCACCGAUCGGCUUCCUCCAGACUCUUCGGGAUCCUCUGACGAGGAGGAAGCUGCCGUCGACCUCCAUGCCCUCAGGGAUGACGAUCUUGACGGCGAUGGUGGCGAUGGGGAGGAGGAGGGCGAAGAUCUCUUCAACGACAACUACUUGAUGGACUAUCGCCAUAUACAGACCCAGGAUCAGUACGAAUCGAUUGGCAUGGAUGAUUCCAUGGAGGACGAGAGAGACCUUGACCAGAUAAUGGCUGAUCGCAGAGCUGCUGAGAUGGAGCUCGACGUAAGGGAGGGGCGCACUGCUGAUGCUAAUCGGAAGCUACCCCGAAUGCUUCAUGAUCAGGACACAGAUGAUGAUGACUAUGUCAGGCGUCCAAAAAGAUUUAGAGCUGAUUUUAGGCUACCAGGUGGACCAAGAAGUGAAGAAGAUGUUGUUGGUACCCCUAGUUCACCUGGAAGAUCAGGGCCUCCCAGGACUCCAAGAGAUGACUUACCCACCACUGAUCAGACAGAGGAUGACACAUAUGAGGAUGAAUACGAUGACGACGCAGAGCUUAAUAUGUAUCGCGUUCAAGGAACUUUAAGGGAAUGGGUUACAAGAGAUGAGGUUCGAAGAUUUAUUGCCAAGAAAUUUAAAGAGUUCUUACUGACAUAUGUGAAUCCAAAGAACGAGCAUGGGGACUAUGAAUAUGUCCGGUUGAUCAAUGAGAUGGUGUUAGCUAACAAGUGCAGUUUGGAGAUUGAUUAUAAGCAAUUCAUUUACAUUCAUCCAAAUAUAGCUAUUUGGCUAGCUGAUGCACCCCAAUCAGUGCUGGAAGUCAUGGAGGAAGUUGCUAACAAAGUUGUUUUUGAUUUUCACAAGAACUACAAAAAUAUUCAUCAAAAGGUUUAUGUACGUAUUACAAACCUACCAGUAUAUGAUCAAAUACGUAAUAUCAGGCAAAUCCAUCUGAACACAAUGAUUCGAAUUGGAGGAGUUGUGACUCGGCGAUCUGGGGUUUUCCCACAACUACAACAAGUAAAGUAUGAUUGCAACAAAUGUGGGGUAAUUCUUGGUCCCUUUUUCCAGAACUCUUACUCUGAGGUGAAAGUAGGAUCUUGUCCAGAGUGUCAAUCAAAAGGCCCGUUCACUGUCAACGUUGAACAGACAAUUUACAGGAACUAUCAAAAGCUUACGCUUCAGGAAAGUCCUGGAAUUGUGCCUGCUGGUAGAUUACCAAGAUAUAAAGAAGUUAUACUUCUGAAUGAUCUAAUUGAUUGUGCCCGUCCGGGAGAAGAAAUUGAGGUUACCGGCAUUUAUACCAAUAAUUUUGACUUUUCACUCAAUACCAAAAAUGGUUUCCCUGUUUUUGCAACUGUUGUUGAAGCAAAUUAUGUUACGAAGAAACAUGAUCUCUUCUCUGUGUACAAGCUUACUGAUGAAGACAAGGCAGAGAUUGAAAAGUUGUCGAAAGAUCCAAGGAUUGGUGAAAGGAUUGUAAAGUCCAUUGCACCAUCAAUUUAUGGUCACGAUGACAUUAAGACAGCAAUUGCCCUUGCUAUGUUCGGGGGACAAGAGAAAAAUGUGAAGGGAAAACAUAGGUUGAGGGGAGAUAUUAAUGUUCUACUUCUUGGUGAUCCUGGUACUGCUAAAUCCCAAUUUCUCAAAUAUGUUGAGAAGACUGGUCAUAGAGCUGUUUAUACAACAGGUAAAGGAGCCUCUGCAGUUGGCCUUACAGCAGCUGUCCAUAAGGAUCCUGUUACAAGAGAAUGGACGCUAGAAGGGGGUGCUCUUGUCUUAGCUGACAGAGGAAUAUGUCUGAUUGAUGAGUUUGACAAAAUGAAUGAUCAGGACAGAGUUAGUAUUCAUGAAGCCAUGGAGCAGCAAAGUAUCAGCAUAUCUAAAGCAGGUAUUGUGACCUCUCUUCAAGCCCGAUGUAGCGUCAUAGCUGCAGCAAAUCCCAUUGGUGGAAGAUAUGACUCAUCCAAGACAUUUUCUCAAAAUGUGGAGUUGACUGAUCCAAUAGUAUCUCGGUUUGAUAUCCUUUGUGUUGUGAAGGACAUUGCAGAUCCAGUAGUUGAUGAAAUGCUUGCAAAGUUUGUUGUUGAUAGCCAUGCUAGGUCACAACCCAAGGGUGGGAACAUUGAAGAUAAAGCUGCAAGCAAUUCCCACGAUGAUUCACUGAAUUCAGAAAGAACCGCAGAUCCUGAUAUUCUUACACAAGAUAUGCUUAAGAAGUACAUAACUUAUGCAAAGUUAAAUGUCUUCCCGAAGUUACAUGAUGCAGAUUUGAACAAGCUUACACAUGUAUAUGCCGAGUUGCGUAAAGAGUCAUCUCAUGGGCAAGGAGUCCCAAUAGCUGUGAGACAUAUCGAGUCUAUGAUAAGAAUGUCAGAAGCACAUGCUAGAAUGCAUUUAAGGAGUUACGUGACGCAAGAGGAUGUAGACAUGGCUAUUCGGGUACUGCUAGAUUCUUUCAUAUCUACUCAGAAAUUUGGCGUUCAGAAAGCACUACAAAAGAGAUUUAAAAAGUACAUCACAUAUAAGAGGGAUUACAACGAACUUCUCCUGCAUCUAUUGCGUGUACUUGUGAAGGAGGCAAUGCAUUUUGAGGAACUCAUGGCGGGCCCAAGUAUUCAUCUUGCUCAUAUUGAGGUGAAGGUGGAAGAACUUAGAAACAAGGCACAGGAGUAUGAAAUUUAUGAUCUUAAACCAUUCUUUUCUAGCACAAAUUUUAUAAAUAGCAACUUCAUUCUCGAUGAAGGCCGGGGUGUGAUUAGACAUCCGGUUGCCAGAUGAAAAUCAUUCUGGAUUUGGCCCUCAAUCUUCCCUUAGUUGGCCUCCUGCUGCUGCUUUAUAAAAGAAACAUGGUAUUGAAAGCUGUUCUAUAUUCCUUUUUGUUGUUAUCCACUACAGCUUUCGAAUUGUCAAAUUUUGUUUUGCUUUUAUUUCGCUAGCCGACCUGCUGGAACUUGGCUUCGAACAAUCUAUUGAUCUUGCCAAAAAUCUGCCAUUUGAUCUUUAUUAUUAUAUAUAAGCUGUCGUCAUAUAUAUAAAAAUAUCUUUGAUGUUUUA